GGACUCCUAUUUCAAAAGAGCUCUAGUCAACAACACCACGCUAAACUCCAAAGUCCGUGCUGUUUGUGCAGAGAAUAAUUAAUGUGUAGGUUACAGCUGUGGUGUAGGGCGUGCGUAGAACAAUAGAGAAAUAAGUCAGGCUGUCUAUGGUAAAGUGAUAAAAUGCCUUGUAAAGGUCGCCACUGCAGAAGUCGAUUUACAAAUCUAGCCUUUUUCAUCACAUGCUUAGGACUAGUUAUAUUGGGAAUAUACUACAAUGAAGGUCAGCUCACUUCCUCAUCACAAUCUGAUGUCACCCUAAGAGGUCAAGGUCAAGGCCGUUCUCAAGGCUAUACAAGAGUUCAAGGACAUUUCAAAUAUGGAAAAAAGAAGAGGAAAAAACUGCAUGGGAAGUUGAUGAAAGCUUUGUCAGAGGAAGAUUUGUUGGAGUGUAAAAUACCUGUUUUGAGCUUGAGAACAGAUUCCAAUGCUGCUGCUUUCAAAAAGAUGGAGCCACUGCAUUGCAAUGGGCAGCAACUCAUGUACUUUGAUAAUUCUGUAUUAAAGUUGAAUAAAACUGUUCUUGGAAACAGAAAGCUAAAGGAAUGUAAAUAUUAUUCCAUAGAAUGGUCGAGAGACCCUCCAAUGGAAGAAACAUACAAUCUAGUCAACAUUGCUAAUAAAGAUAGCAAUUUUGAAGUGAAAGUUAAUCAUGACUUUGUCAAAGUUGAAUGUUACUUGCAAGAAUCAAAACAGAACCAAAGAAUCACUGGCAGGAAACUGCUGAACUCUGAAAAUUCCAGAUUCCUUGACAAUCAGAUAAACGCUCUUUUGAAAGAAACAAAAGAAGUGAUGCAAAAAGAUCAGUCGCGAUCAGGUGUUAACAAGUUCAAAGACAAAAAUAAUGCUAAAAUAAAUAGCAAAAUUAACUAUCAGAAAACAAUUGAGAAAAGCAAACAGAUUUUGGUCCGAAAAAGCAAUCCAGACAAUCAAAAAUUUGACGUAGAAAGAAAAAGAAAUGGCCAUCGCCACAGUCAGGGUCUGGUGACCCCAGUGACAGCUGGACGCCUAGGUGAUGAUGAUGAUGGUGAGGAUAAUACAGGGGAUCCUCAGUACUAUGGAGUAAACUUCUUUGAUGCUCAUGCUCCUGAUUUUGAACAGUAUCUUGUGCAGAUUGAACCAGAGGCUGCUGUAUUUGACAGACAAAAGGAUCUCCCCCCACACCCAGAUGCGACCAAAUUAAAUGUCUUAAUGCUGGCACUGGACUCCAUGUCCCACCUGUCGUACCAGAGAAAACUUCCCCUCACCUAUGCCUACCUGAGAGAUACCCUGGAGGCUGUCAUCCUGAAUGGGUACAAUAUUGUGGGUGAUGCCACCACUGCAGCACUCAUCCCCAUGUUUACAGGUAAGACAGAAACUGAACUGCCUGAGACCAGGAAAAACGAGCCAGGUGCUGGCUUUGUGGAUAGCUAUAACCUGAUAUGGAACCGUUUUGAGCACAACGGCUAUGUGACACUGUAUGCAGAAGACAUGCCAUCCUUUGGCACCUUCAAUCUCAGGUUAAAUGGUUUUGAACACAAACCAACGGACCACUACAUGCGGCCAUUUUGGAACGCUAUUGAUGAUUACGAUGAUAGGGAACAGAAGAACCAGUUUUGCUUACAUGGCACUCCAAAACACAGGUAUUUACUGAAGUACGUCAAACAGUUCUUCACAAGGUACAGGAAUGUCUCCAAGUUUGCAUUCGGUUUCUACGGGGAGUUGUCCCAUGCAGACAACAGCCCUGCUGAGUACAUGGACAGAGACAUGGUGACCUUGCUCAAAUAUCUGAAGAGACACAAACACCUUGACAACACCCUGCUGAUUGUAAUGGGGGACCAUGGGGCCAGAUAUCGCAAAGUGCGUCACACUGUACAAGGGAAACUCGAGGAGCGCCUUCCUUUGAUGACCUUGACCUUUCCACAGUGGUUUCGGGAAAAACACCCCGAUCUCAUGCAGAAUUUGCGUAAGAAUGCUCAUCGCCUUACGACGCCAUUUGAUAUGCAUGUGACUUUGGAAACGGUUCUGGAUCUCAAGAUGGCACAGAAGAAGAUAUUGUAUAAAGACAGAGGGAUCAGUCUGCUGAAUAGUAUCCCCAUGAACAGGACAUGUGAGUCGGCAGGUGUGGCCCCGCACUGGUGCUCAUGCAUGGUGUCGCAGGAUGUUGAUGUCAGCAGUGCACGUGCUGAAGAGGCAGCAUCUAAAGUUAUAGACUAUAUCAAUGGCCUGACAUCUCAACACAGAGAGAAGUGUAGUGUGCUACACCUUGAUAAGAUCCUUAGUGUCAGGUUGCUAGCACCAAAUGAACAGGUGCUGAAAUAUUUUAACAGUAUGGAUGCAGACCAGCGAAUUGCCAAUUUCACUUCCAAGGUCAAGGUUGACAUUGUUCAUUACCAGAUCACCUUGGUUACCUCUCCUAGCAACGCUAUGUACGAGUCAACAUUGCAAUACAACAUUGGGGCAGAGAGACUGGAGGUUACCCCAGAUAUCAGCAGAAUCAAUAUAUAUGGCAAUCAGCCAUAUUGUGUACAAAAGAACCAUCCGGAUUUGAGGAAGUACUGUUUCUGUGCGGACUAUCAAAGCUGGGAGAAGAGAAAGAAAAAAUUGAAACAUGAUUAAGUUAAGAUACCUUAUUGAUUGCUGCUUUGACUUUUAGUUGGGAGAAUGAUAUUUGCUAAGAUACAACGAAGGUGGGGAAAUUUUACUUUUCACUUUUUAUCAAAUCUUUAAAACUUUGAGGAAAAGACUAGUCCAUAUUUGUUUAUGUAUAAGUAUACAAUGAUAUUAGUGGAUGGGACAACUAUGUCACUUGGUUUUAUGUAAGGCUCAAAUUUCAGUUUUUAUGACAGGAUUAAUGAUGGAUUUUUUCCCCCAUUUUUUAGGAGGGGGGGGGUAAUUUUGAUAUAAAACAAGUAUCUGCAUUAUGAUACUUGAAAGGUGCUGAGUUUGACAAGGUGCUUUCAGAAUUGAUAUAUAUAUAUAUAUAUAUAUAUAUAUAUAUAUAUAUAUAUAUAUAUAUAUCACUGUGAAAGAGGUAAUUUUUCUUUUCUUCAUCAUCUUAUUGCACAUAAUACAGGCUUUUAUUUGUAGGUGAUUUUUGUUCAGAUAAUUUUAUUUUAUAUCGGGGAGCAAAGUUUACUUUGAAGAUUUACCCUUUUUUAGGCAAAGUUGGGAGGAUUUUAUAUCACUAAAAAUGUGGAAAAAAAGUUGGAGAAACAGGAAGGGCUUCAUUACAAAGGAAUAUUUUAAAAGAUUUUGCCAUGAGAACAAGUUAUUUCUGACUGGUCAGUUUCCCCAAUGUACUCUCCAGACUUUAAAGAGAACUUAACAUUUUCAAAAUGUGUUCAGAAUGUUUUACGUGUGGAUGUCAACUCACACUAAGGCAUAUUUAACAAUCUGCUCUAGAUGUCUACAAGAAGUUCAUUAUUGAGCUGUAAUGUUUAUCCCUUUUUUUUCAGUAUUUUAACUUUUUAAUGGCAGCGCAAAGUCCACAAUCUAAUUUACAUCUUUUCAAUUAUGCAAUAAACUAAAUAACUCAAAGACAGUUGUUGUUUUCUGGACUGCACCUAAAAAUGGCAUGUUGCUUGGGAGACGCAGGUGUAAAUGGACAGCGGAGAAGAAAUCAGAACUUUUUAAAAGUAAUUAAAUAAUAAUUUUUUUUAAAUGUCACCAAUAUGUCCAUUUUCAGUGUAACAAAUCUGAAAACUAGAGUUUUGAUGAUGUUUCAGUAACUAAGGCAGCAGCAACAGCAGGAAGAACAAAACACUGUAUGCAACCUUUGAUUUUUAUUUUCCAAUAUUUUGUUACUUAUUAAGUUUUAAAGCAAAAUCUAAACAUGUUCACUACUUGAAGUAUUGAGUAUCACCUGUGCUAUCUCUGCGGCACACACAUAUAUAAUCAUAUCAACAUCUUUAAUACACCUUUCUGGUGUUUAGAGAAAACUGGAUUGAAACACAGGCUGAUGAGGACUACAGUUCAUAUCUGUACAGGCAAUUCCAGUCGAAGAACAAUAAAGCUCUGAAUUGAUAAUGGCUACAAAUCAAGUGACAAUUGGGUCACGGAUAAUUAGGUUGAUAUCUAAGACCUGGGCUCUUCCCAAGUUUUCUUGCAAAGUAAACAUUUGCAGUGCAGAAAAAUAAAGUCUACAAGUAUUGUCAAAACCAACCAAAUCAUUUAUUGCAGGUAGUCAUGAAUGUUACUUCUUUGUCACCAAGUACUACUAACAGAUAUAAUAGCAAUGUAGUUUGUUACUGCAGUUCUCCAAGAAAUAAAUAAAUACACUGUAAUUUCAACACCUUUUCUGUUAUAAAAAGAAUAUACACAAGUUCAAAACCCAAACAAAAAUGCUUUACAGACAACCAAAAAAACAAAGAAAAAAAAAUCUAGUGGUGUUGAAAAUG